CUAUAGUGUCACUGUUUAUCCCAACAUCCCAUCUUUUUUGUUACAUCUCUCAAUUACUCUUUCAGUGUUGCCGCAACACAAGGAGGGUGAAGACUAGCACAUGCCUUCCCAACACAUGUGAAGUCAGCUACCGCCUCCUUUUGAACUGCUGCUGAUGCAGCAUUGCUGACUAGCCAACGCAUCCUAGGAGUAAUGAGGGGAAGAGAGAGCAAAACCAACUGGGCUCUCUCAGGGCUCCAACAGCUGAUGGCAAGCUGCAUGACCGGGUUUUGGACCAGCGAUUUCCCGAUCAUAGUGGCAGCACUUUAGGCCACUGGAUCACUCUGCAGCCCAGAAGUGCUGUCUUCUGUGUGGUUUCAGACUCUCCUUACUGUGGCAGAGCAUACAAGUGAUGGGUGGGACUUGAGCUGUGCUGAGCUUCAUUCAGUAGGCCGGGCAGGAACAGUAUCAGAUAAGGCGUGUGAAUGGUUUGAAAGAUGGGUGGAGUGAAAGAGAGGAAGAGAGGGCAGGUGCUGAGAGCACGGGUCUGUCUGGAGGAACAGGUCCAUGGAGGAGGAUAUGAAGAGGACAGCAGCAGACAGUUCCUAUCCUAGUUUUAAUAAGCUCAGCCAGGGCUUGUGCCUGUUUAGUGCACUGUUCACUGCAUUGCCAUGGGAGCUGAGAGAGAAACAGUGAGAGGAGGACACUUGAGAGGCUGCUAAGAGGCAGCAAGGCUCUACAGGUGGACUGCUUUGUUGUACACACCUGUGUGAAGGAGACUGGAGGGGAAUAUCUACAGAGGGACAAAGAGAAGUUUUAGAGAAAAAAAACAGUUACAGUUAGCACUGUUAGGAAUGGUCUGCUUUUAUACCAUCAGAACACAACCUGAGGAUAGUUUCUAAUGCUGAGUUUUAGCCAACUGACGCCCUAAAGGUUUGUCAAAUUGACCACCAGUCAGACCUAAAGUCUGACUACCACACAAAACUGACCAUGCAGCCGGCUGGACAGGAACAGGACGACUGUUUCGAUUUCUUGUUCAAGAUUAUCCUGAUUGGAGACACUAAUGUAGGAAAAACCUGUGUGGUUCAGAGCUUUAAGACUGGACUCUUCUCUGAGAGGCAGCAGAACACCAUUGGAGUGGACUUCACCGUUCGGACCCUCAACAUAGAGGGUAAAAAAGUAAAGAUGCAGGUUUGGGACACAGCAGGGCAGGAGCGAUUCCGCACCAUCACCCAGAGCUACUACCGCAGUGCACACGGGGCCAUGAUCGCCUACGACAUCACCCGCAGGGCCACCUUCGAGUCCAUCUCGCACUGGAUCAAUGAGGUGGAGCAGUACGGAGCUGCCAAUGUCCUUCUAGCCGUGAUAGGUAAUAAAUGUGACCUGGAAUCUGAGAGGCAGGUUCAGUUUAACGAGGCAUGCUCACUGGCCAAGGAGAGAGGGAUUUUAGUAGCUCUGGAAACCUCUGCAAAGGAAAGCCAGAAUGUGCAGGAGGCCUUCGUGAUGAUGGCCCGGGAGCUGCUAGCGAGGAACGGACUGGCGGUGAAGGAGGACGAUCCUCGGGUCAAUCGCCUUUUACUGCGCUCCAGCUCCAGACCCAUUAUCAGCCCCACACCCGUCCCUGAGAAAAAGGUCUGCGAGUGCUGACACACCCAAAUGGGACUCUAAAACUGGAGACUGAGGGACUGUCUGAAGAACAAGUACUUCCCUAUCCAUCAAGUCACAUUCUGAGUUUCUUAAGGAUCAGAAAAGAUGUUCAGAACAAAUGUUCAGAACAUCAGUGGAUGCUUGUUUGGCUGUAUUCCUACAGCACCUGCGCUACAGGGAUGAAACCAUAAGCAGUAUCUGGGUGUCUGUUAUCGGUAGCCACGUUUUCAUCCGAAGGAUUGUUACAACACAUCUCCUUUUACCUGAAAAAGCUGUGAAGAAGUGCAACAAGUGCAGAUAUUUCCAGACAAGUGGACUGCAUAGUGUCAUUAAACUUAAAAUUGAAAGAUUA